CUUUAAGUUACAGCACACAGGAGGAAGCCAAGAGGGGGGGGUGGUGAGAAUCAUGUUUUAGCAAGCAGGGUUACAAGGGCCGUCAAAUUACAUUUAGAGGGGGGAGUUGACUGCAUACAAGGCACAUAUUCUAUAAGCUCUAGAAGUCAACCCGGAUCUCUCACACUGCUCAAUGCAACUGCUUCAUGAAGACAGGACAGCAACUUUCAAAACUGCUUUCAGCUUUUCUCACCAAGAGACCGUUCCAUCCCUUUAACAUAAACACACAGUGUUCCAGUUGUAAUUAUGUUUUCGUUUAAUGGUGGCAGCAAAACCUCUCCUCGUUUCUAAGUUGGCACAUGGUACUCUGAGCACAGCACAUAUACAAUGAAUUGGGGCUGCUUAAACUGACUGGAAGUGAAUCUGAGCUGGUGCUGAGACUGUUGAAGGACAUAAAAGUAAAAGGAAACUAUUCUAAAAACCUAAAGCCAGAAACUUGAAUUUUGUUGUGGAACACUGCAUCAUGGAGGUUCUGUGGAUGCUGCUGGUGCUAUUGGUCCUGCAUCUUUCCAGUUUAGCUAUGUCCUUGUCUACCUGUAAGGCUGUGGAUAUGGAAGAAGUCAGGAAGAGGAGAAUUGAAGCCAUCAGGGGCCAAAUUCUCAGCAAGCUAAAACUGGACAAAACACCAGAUGUAGACAGCGAGAAGAUGACAGUGCCCAGUGAAGCCAUCUUCCUUUACAAUAGCACCUUGGAGGUGAUCAGAGAAAAAGCAACCAGAGAAGAAGAACAUGUAGGGCAUGAUCAGAACAUACAGGACUAUUAUGCAAAACAAGUUUACCGAUUUGAAAGCAUAACCGAACUGGAAGACCAUGAAUUUAAGUUUAAAUUUAAUGCUUCGCAUGUGAGAGAGAAUGUAGGUAUGAACUCUCUUCUGCACCAUGCUGAGCUGCGCAUGUACAAGAAGCAGACAGAUAAAAACAUGGAUCAAAGGAUGGAGCUAUUCUGGAAAUACCAGGAAAAUGGGACCACUCACUCAAGAUACCUGGAGAGCAAGUACAUUACUCCAGUAACAGAUGAUGAGUGGAUGUCAUUUGAUGUUACAAAGACUGUGAAUGAAUGGCUGAAACGUGCAGAGGAAAAUGAACAAUUCGGGUUGCAGCCUGCCUGCAAAUGUCCCACCCCACAGGCCAAAGAUAUAGACAUAGAAGGAUUUCCUGCUUUACGUGGAGACUUGGCGAGUUUGAGUUCCAAAGAAAACACGAAACCCUACCUGAUGAUCACUUCGAUGCCAGCUGAGCGUAUUGACACAGUUACAAGCUCACGGAAAAAGCGAGGGGUUGGACAGGAGUAUUGCUUUGGGAACAAUGGGCCAAACUGCUGUGUGAAACCUCUUUACAUAAAUUUUCGGAAGGAUCUAGGCUGGAAGUGGAUCCAUGAGCCUAAGGGAUAUGAAGCAAAUUAUUGUUUAGGAAAUUGUCCUUACAUCUGGAGCAUGGAUACUCAGUACAGCAAGGUGCUAUCACUUUAUAAUCAGAACAAUCCCGGUGCAUCUAUAUCUCCCUGCUGUGUUCCUGAUGUCUUGGAGCCACUGCCAAUCAUUUAUUAUGUUGGCCGCACUGCUAAAGUAGAGCAGCUCUCUAAUAUGGUGGUAAGGUCUUGCAACUGCAGCUGAGAAGAGCUUGGGGGCAGAAAGCAAAGCAAAGACAUGGUACAGAACCCACAAACCACCUUACUGCUUUAACCAGUGUCGAAGAAGGAGACCAUGUUGUCAAGUCAUGAGGAUCGAUGAACCCGUUAAUUCUACAUCUGAAAAGAGCAAAUGCUGAAAGCAGUUACUAACUUCACAGCCCACACAUGGAUUUAGGAUUCUUCUACAGCAAUACACCUUUGGUUACAAUAUCUGUAUUCCUGCACUUCGCACCUCAGUUACUGUAUCAAGUUUUUAGCUCUCUGCUACAGCUUUUAUGAAAGUGCUUCCUUGCCAAAGGUUAUGGACAAAUCUUAAGUUUUGGCAACAGCAAAAUCUGGGUUCAAGGUAAAGUCACUCAUCUGAAAGCAUCCAGUCCAUGUAAAGGGGUUUUACAUGGACUGGAUAAUACAGUUGUUAUGGCAGAAAAAUAAGGGAUGUACCCCAUGAUAAAUAAACAGAAGGCCAGCUAACAAGAGACAGACAAAAAAGCAGAAACCCCUUCUAGAAUUUGUUUGGUGGCUAUUCCAUUAUUUUUAUGGCAAGCUAAAGACUAAUCCACAUUCAAAAAAUGCUGACAAGAAUGCCUUACAGAGAAGUUAACCCACUCAAUGCUGAGCACAGAUUGGAGAAUCACAAGGCUCUUUAUAGAUUGUGUAUUUAUUAACAUAUAUAAUUGCCACAUAAAAGCUCAAGCAUUUCGUAUUAGACAUAUUAAUGAUAAAAAAAUAUUCACAACUGUUUUUGAUAAAACAUGGGGGUUCCCAUGUUCAUUUCUACUAUCCCAACUUGUAGAGCUGUGAAUGUGUUUAAAAGGAAACAAAGACAAUGAUUUACAAAUCCAGAAUAUAGGAAUCAAUCAGAAAAAGAAAACAUAUGACUCUGCUGCAGGACUGACCUGUCAGAUAUAACUGGAUGAAAUACAGAAAGCCAUGUGCAGGUACCCACUGAACAAAGAAGGGGCUAAUAAUUCCUGUUUAAAUGAGAAGGGUUUUUUUUUUUACCUUUUUAAAUGGUCUUAUUUUAUAUAGUUUUUUUUUUAAUAUUUAAAAGGUUUUGUUUUAAUGAGGAAAAAUAAAAAAGGUACAUAC